AUGAACUCUGAUCGAGUGUUCUCGAGAGAAGCGACAUGUAACGAGAAGCAGUGCAAGGAUCAGGAGAAGAAACUACCUGGCGGAGCAGACGCCAAGAAAGAGAACGGCAAUCCCAACAAGCAUGCCGUCGCUCCUGCUCUUCGUGAAAAGGAGCAAGCGGUUGGUGAUGUUGAUACGCUUCCGAAGAAAGAGACGCUGAAAGAAAGAUUGUUGCGCGAGAGCAAAGAAAAGGCAGAUGCCGAGGCGAUGGAGCGAGCGAUUGCAGCAGAGCGAGCGGCGGAAGUGGAGGAGGAGGAGCGCAAGGCUGCAAAACACAAGUCGGGGAAAGGAGAGAGCAAGAGCCAGGCGAGCGCGGGGGCUGCGGCGAGCGAGGAGGAGGUCAGAGGCAAGACUGAAGUCGGCGAGCAAGUUGAUUCCAUCGGAAAUCACAUCGCUCAAGGCCAGGAGAACUUGGAGGUGACGUCCGACACGACAACAGCAGCGAUGGCGACGGAGAAGCAGACAAAGGAGAAGGAGAAGGAGAAGGAGGAGGAGAAGGAGGAGGAGGAGCAGCAGCAGCAGCAGCAGGAGGAGGAGGAGGAGAAGGGGAAGGUGAAGGUGAAGAAGGAGAAGGUAGGCGAGGAGGUAGAUCCCUUCCCUCAGCGUCGAGAUGAGGACGAAGCGAACAAGCAGGGUGGUAGGAGCGGAGCCUCUCCCGAGGAGGAGGAAGAGAAGGUUCCCAGCGCUCCCACAGCACCGUCAGGAGGAGCCGGAGAGAAGCCUGUCGAGGAAGAAGCUCCAGCGUUGAGUGUGCGCGAGGAGGUUCAUGAGGAAGAGAAGAUCGAGGAGAGAGGUCAGGAGGAGCAACAGGACUCGGUCAAUGUCUCUCAAGUCCUCCUCGAGGAACGAGCUGCUGAGGUCAACGUACAGGACGUGAGUGAGGAGGUGAAGAGCAACGGGCAAGAGAAGGAGGGGGAGGAGGUCGCGGCAAGUGAGAGCAAGAAAGAGGACGGCCUGCCCAACGUUGACAUGUCGGCGCAAGAGGAGAGCAAGGAAGGCAGCACUGAAGCUGCUAACGGAGAGAAGGGAGGAAGAGGAGGGGUGAGCAACUCCCAGAGCGAUCGCUGUUGCUGA